GAUGAUUUCUCUAGCUUCCUCCUGCUGAGUGGGUGUUAGGUGGUGAGAAUUGGAGGAGCCAGGGAACUCUGGCUCUAACCCUCACCCCACUCCAGCGCUCGCCAACGAAUGGCCUCACUACCCUUUUCAAAGUCUUGAUGCCUGUUCAUUAAAGCUCGUACUGGGUGAUCAGCGUCAGUGUUAAAGCUGAGCAGUAGACUAGGGGCUGCGCGGACCCCCACGCCGUGUUGAGCUGAUGUCACGACUGCCGCAGAUAAUUGUGUGGAAGAGAUACAGCGACUUUAAGAAACUGCACAAAGAACUAUGGCAAAUCCACAGAAACUUAUUCCGGCACUCAGAGCUGUUCCCUCCGUUUGCUAAGGGGAUAGUGUUUGGGCGAUUUGACAAAACCGUUAUUGAAGAGAGACGCCAGUGUGCUGAAGACCUGCUCCAGUUCUCUGCCAACAUCCCUGCCCUGUACAACAGCAAGCAGCUCGAAGACUUCUUCAAGGGUGGGAUAGUUAAUGAUGGCUCCGCGUUAAUUGGCCCUGCUGACGAGUACCCAGAUUCCCUGCCUGAUACGCUUCCCGAGUGUGGUGCAGAAGGCUUCUCCAGCGACAGCGACCUCACGUCCCUCACAGUUGACGCGGACUCCGGGGCAGAGGUAGACGAUGGAAUGGCUUCCUGGCAGGGUUCCCCCGGUAGAACUGUGGGUCUGAGUCUGUCUGCGGAUUCUUCAGCCGCAGGGCCUGGUGCUUCUGACAGCAAAGCCAGUCGAGCCGAAGACCGGGAGAGCCGGAGCCUCUUCCCCAGCAGCUUGAAGCCGAGGCUGGGCAGGAGAGACUACCUGGAGAGAGCGGGGCAGCUCAUCAAGCUGGCCGUGAAGAAGGAGGAGGAGGACGACUAUGAAGCCGCCUCUGACUUCUACAGGAAGGGCGUCGACCUGCUCCUCGAAGGCGUGCAAGGAGAGUCAAGCCCCACGCGCCGGGAGGCUGUGAAGAGGAGGACGGCCGAGUACCUCAUGCGUGCAGAGAGCAUCUCCAGCCUCCGGGCCUCGCCUCGGCUCGACAGCGGACUGCAGCCUCCAGGAUCACUAAGUUCAAGGCCCCCUUGGAACCUAAGGAGCCCCGCCGAGGAGCUGAAGGCCUUCAGAGUCCUUGGGGUGAUUGACAAGGUUUUACUUGUAAUGGACACAAGGACAGAACAGACCUUCAUUUUAAAAGGUCUAAGGAAAAGCAGCGAGUGCAGCAGGAGCAGGAAGACCAUCAUCCCCCGCUGUGUGCCCAACAUGGUGUGUCUGCACAAGUACAUCAUCUCGGAGGAGUCCGUGUUCCUUGUGCUGCAGCAUGCCGAAGGUGGCAAACUCUGGUCAUAUAUCAGUAAAUUUCUCAACAGAAGUUCGCAAGAAAGCUUUGACGUCAAGGAAACGAAACCCCGCGUGCCUCACCGCGUUUACCUGCAGCAGCCAAGCGCCAGCCCUCCGGACAGCAGCAGCUUCGAGUCCAGAGGGAGCGACAUGGGGGGCAUGCUGCAGGUCCUGCCGGUGAAGACCAGUCUCACUCCAAGUUCUCAGGAGGACAGCAACCAGGAAGACGAUGGCCAGGACAGCUCUCCCCGGUGGCCGGACUCGGGCUCCAGUUCGGAGGAGGAGUGCACCGCCGGCUACCUGACGCUGUGCAACGAGUACGGGCAGGAAAAGAUAGACCUGGGGUCUCUGAACGAGGAGCCCAUCGCGCUGCCUGGAGGAGGGGCGAGCGCCGACACCCAGGCUGCUCUGAGUCCCCUUGCUGGUGACAGGCCGAGCCCUAGCCGGCAGCUCAAGUUCUCCCCUGGAGACGAGGACCCCGAAGCAGCUUGUUUCCCUCAGACAUCCGAUUCCCUCACCAUGUCGAAAAACAGCCCGAUGGAGUUCUUUAGAAUCGACAGUAAGGACAGCACAAGCGAACUCCUGGGGCUGGAUUUUGGCGAGAAAUUGCACGGUCUGAAACCAGAGCCCUUGAGAGCGCUCCUGACCCUGGCGGAUGGAGAGGGGGGGGCGGAAGAAGCGCAGGACUCCAUCAGCAGGGGCUCAGAUGACUCCGUCCCCGUCAUUUCGUUCAAAGAAGCAGCCUUUGAGGGCGUCUGCGGUGCAGAGGAAGGAAGGCCCGACCUGCUGGUGAACCUUCCCGGUGAGCCGCAGCCGACCAAAGAGGCCUCAGCAGCCGACCCCGCCAAGUUCGCCCAGGCCAGCACAGGCAGGCUGGAGAGCAAGCUGUUUGAAGCCCCGGAUGUGCUAUGCCUCCGGCUGAGUUCCGAACAGUGCCACGGCCCGGGAAAAGAAGACCCGGAGGAACCGGAUGACCCCGCUGGCUCCCUGCCCUGUGGCGUGACUCCAAAGCACCAGGUUCAGGCAGGUCCCGGGGUGUUAGGCACGGCUGUUGAUGACAGCAGCGCAGGAGGCCACUUUCUGUGGCCCAGGUCGGAUCCCGAGUCGGAAGGGCUGGGGCGCGCUGAGGCCGCGGUCACCGCACGUGACGCGGGAGAAAGCCCGCCCCACGCUUCUAGUGCACACUCGGGUGCUAAGGGACGCGGUGCACACGCAGACACUGCCGCAGUGGAGGAGGUGUUACUGUUCACAGAGCAGGCCAAAGAGGAACCGAGCCCUCUAUUUCAGAGAGACUCUGAGACCAAGGAGCAAAGUGUGCUCGCCCUGGGAGGAGAGAAGGAAAUCCAUCAGAUCUUUGAGGACCUUGAUAAGAAAUUAGCAGCGAGCUCCAGGUUCCUCAUCCCGGAGGGCUGCGUUCAGAGAUGGGCAGCUGAAAUGGUGGUAGCCCUUGAUGCCCUGCACAGAGAGGGGAUUGUGUGCCGCGAUCUGAACCCAAACAACAUCUUAUUGAAUGAUGGAGGACACAUUCAGCUAACGUAUUUUAGCAGGUGGAGUGAGGUUGAAGAUUCCUGUGACAGCGAUGCCAUAGCGAGAAUGUACUGUGCCCCAGAGGUUGGAGCAGUCACAGAAGAAACUGCAGCUUGUGAUUGGUGGAGCCUGGGUGCUGUCCUCUUCGAACUUCUCACUGGCAAGACCCUGGUGGAGUGCCACCCAGCAGGAAUAAACACCCACACUACUUUGAACAUGCCAGGCUGUGUUUCUGAAGAGGCUCGCUCACUCAUUCAACAGCUCUUGCAGUUCAACCCUCUGGAGCGUCUGGGUGCCGGAGUGGCUGGUGUUGAAGACAUCAAAUCUCACCCGUUUUUCACGCCGGUGGACUGGGCAGAGCUGACAAGAUGAGCGUCAUGUGGCGUGUUCUUCAGGAGACAGAGCCCCUCGUGACAGAGCUCCAGGAGUGUCUAGGCUUCCGUCACCCUUUAGCUGGUGCGCCAGAGCCUUGGGACGAGGCCUUAGAGGAGGUGAUGGGGCAGGGGGCUAACAGACCCCCUUCCACCUGCUGACUGGACGCGAGACUGGUGACCAUCGCCAGCAGCUGCAUUGCCCUCGCCCUCCCCGAGACGUGACGUAACUCGCCUUCAGGGGUUCUGGCGUGUUGCAGACAUGAAUGAGAGGAGGCUGUAAGUGUGGGAGGGAGGGAGAUUUACUUGAGUGAAGGACCUUUUGGUGGCAGCUAAUGGUGCUUCUGCUAUACAAGACUGGUUUACACGAUUAAGUUGAUAUUUGCUGAGUAACACACUAAAUACGCUCUGUGAACAGUGUCCCCCACGGCUGACAGCGUGGAGAGGAACGCCCAGUGCUGCGCAGGGCCAGGCUAGCUGAGGAAAAACACUCUUGCCAGCUUCGGACUUGCUGGUGGAUGCUGCUAACGCUCGUGGGAACACGCCUGUCCCCCAGCUCGCCUCUCCCCUGCUCCACGUCCUGCAUUCUCCGCUCAUCCUCCUGGAUUCCGCUUUAUUCUUCUGUCAACACACAAGCAACAAAAAGGGAAGGGGUGCUUAUUCCCCCAAACUGUCAGUGUAACGAGACUAAGAAAUCAUGAUGUAAAAUAAAUGUGGUUGAAACUUG